CAUUUCUUCUUAUCUCGGCUUCUAUCAAUCUCAAUCCAAAUCGAAACGCAUCCUGUAUUUUUGCAACCAAGAAACCACCGGAAAUCCCUAAUUCUUGUCUCAAUUAAUUCUCAGAAUCAGUUCAUAAAUGGAUCCGGCCCCUCCUUAUCUUCGAUCCACCCCCAAUUCUCAAGCGAAAUCCGCCUCUCGCCUAGCAAGAAUUGGAUACUCUGUCAUUGAAUCUGAAAAUCGGCCUCCGGUUCUAUCUUUGGAUCUCAUCUCUUCCUCUCCCAAGAAAACCCCAACGUCGCCUUCCGCUAUCUCUCUCAAAUCUUCGACCAAUUCUCUCCCUCCACCGGAAAUCUUGGUUCUUUCUCCUUCUCCACUGAGAAAAUCGAGGACCCGCCCCGCGGAUAGGCUUGAGAUGGCGGAGGAAGCUUCAGAGAUUAAUGGGUCGCGCAGGAGAUGCAAAAGCAGGUGUUCCCAGUUGGCUGUUUUGGGUUGUAACUCUCCCAGGAACAAUCGGAGGUCUAGGAGAAGAAUGGAAAUGGAAGUGAGAGAAGAGAGGGAUUCGAGCCUGGUUGAGGAGAUUGGGAAAGCAAGAAAAAGGCGACAUAGUGGCAAAUCAAAGAAGGAGAAGCUCAGUUUAGUCCCUGUGAUACCUUCAUCAAAUUUGUCUCCAAAAUUGGAUGAUUAUGAUAGAGGUAAUCUCGAUCGAAUGGGAGAGACAAUUAGUGAUUUGGUCAUGUGGAGAGAUGUGGCCAAAUCAAGCCUUUGGUUUGGAUUUGGUUGUUUGUGUUUCUUGUCUUCUUGCUUUGCCAAAGGAGUCAGCUUUAGUAUGUUUUCGGCAUUAUCCCAGGUUGGACUUCUGUUUUUGGGUGCUUCCUUCUUCUCUAACUCAUUCUGUCGAAGAGAAAAUGUUGAAAAGAGGCGUGAUUUGAGGCUGAGAGAAGAGGACUUCUUGAGAUUGGCUAGACUGAUACUUCCAGCUGUGAAUCUUGCAAUCUCAAAGAUGCAAGAGCUAUUCUCUGGAGAGCCAUCCAUGACCCUCAAAGUAGCUCCAUUGCUUCUCCUUGGAGCUGAGUAUGGCCACAAUAUUACCCUAAGGAGGCUCUAUGCAUUUGGAUUCUUUAUUAGUUUCACUCUACCAAAACUAUAUUCGUCAUACUCUGGUCAGAUAAACCAAAAGGGUGAGUACGUGAAACAGUGGCUUGUGGAAGCUUGGGGAGCUUGCUCUCACAAGAAGCUUGUGGCGGUUUCAGCAGUAACAGCCUUUUGGAAUCUGUCGAGUGUAAAAACUCGAAUUUUCGCAGCAUUCAUAUCUCUCGUGAUAAUCCGGUAUUGCCAGCAGCAUUUUGUGCCAAACUCAGCUGAGUCAGAAGAAGUGGUAGAAGAGCAGCAGCAGGACCAAAAGGCAUUAGUUGUAGCAGGAGAGCAAACACAGAAGUGGUAGUAAUUUGUUUCUUUCACUGAAUUUAAAUUUUCAACACCAUUGAAGUUUGUAUAUCAACUCCUUUGGAAACUAAAAUGAUAUAUUCAUGUUCAGUUUGUUCUUGCAUAAAUAAAAUGACUAGCAUUCU